AUGAACAGUAAACAAAACGGAAACAGACCACUAUCGGAAGAGCUCGGGUUUCAGGGAUACGCUGUAUCCGACUGGGUAGUCAUACAUGCGGGGGCUGCAACGAUCGAGUCUGGUCUGGACAUGAAUAUGCCUUGUGGAAUGGAAUUCGGCGUGCCAAAGCCGCCAUACUGGGGCGAAAACGCUACGACCGCCGUGACCAACGGCACCAUUCCGGAAAGCAGGAUCAAUAGCACGGUGCUGAGAGUCAUGACUCCUUACUUCCAUCUCAACCAAGACCAGGAUUCCCCGAAGGCCGAUGCAGCCUCAGCUGCUGUGAAUACUGACAGAGACUGGUACUACGAUUUUGAGAUCGGAAAUAUCAUUAAUUACGCUGAAGGCUUAUACUUGUGGGUUGGCGGCGACCCCUUCAAUCCCGACGGUUCUAAGUUUGGAAAUACUGCUUCCGGCGGAGGCAGCGGUACUGGCCGCUUUUCGUACUUUGUCUUCCUUCUUGAAGCCAUCCAAGCACGCGCGAACCAGGAUGGUGCAUUCAUCCAGUAUAUGCUUGACAACAAGACGAUGACGAAGUACGGCAUUUCUAGUGCCAAUAUAUACCCCGUACCCGAUGUAUGCCUCCUGUUCAUCAAGUCCUGGGCGACUGAGAGCAUCGACCGGCAAUCUCUCCUUCCAGGCCACAGCGGUACGGGAGUUGUCGAGACUGUCGCGGCUAGCUGCAACGACACCAUCUUUGUCCACCACGACACCGGCCCCAUGCUACUGCCGUUCACUUCGCACAAAAACGUGGCGAUCGAUCCCUUAGGCUACCUCCCGCGCACCAUCCCCGCCUUCGCCGCCGCUCUUCCCCACACUCUUGUUACCGCACCAGAGGAUCCCACCGAUCCAGAUUCAUGGCAGUCUGACUUCACAGAUGGCAACUUCACCGACUACCGGUACUACAUGACUGCAGGAAACGGCUCUGCCAAUGUGUUAUACCCUUCCAGCUAUGGCCUCAGCUAUACGACCUUUACCCUAUCCAACAUUACCGCGUCCGCCGUCGCUGCGGCGUCUAUCAGAGGCAGUGCGCCUGUAGCCGACGCGCCAAUGGUUUUAGGUGGCAAUGCGGAUCUCUGGACCGUCGUGUAUACUGUCAACGCAACGGUCACGCAUGUAGGUGAUGUUGCAAGUGCCGCAGUACCCCAAUUGUACCUCAACCUUUUGGCCGCGUGGGCACCUGAGGGAACACCAGUAUGGCAGUUGCGCGGCUUUAAGAAGGUUCUCCUCACCCCCGGUGAGUCAAAGUCUGUAGGAGUCGAGUUUGUGAGGAGGAAUGUGUCGUACUAG